AUGGGAAACAUCACGCACCAAGAACACCUCAAUGUCCCUCAGGAGCAGAGGCGACGAACCUCUGUUCAAGAUAUGCCUGCUUUCGCUGAGCAUGGCCCACUUGUCGACCACAAGAUUCCUCAAGCGGAUGCGGUGCAGCAAGAACCUGAUCUGGCUUGGAGUCGAAUCCGCCACUUCCUUCGAGAACCUCUGUCGGAAUUCUUUGGGGUCUUCAUCCUCAUCCUCUUCGGCGAUGGUGUCGUCGCCCAGGUUGUCCUCAGUGGAGGCACAAAGGGUGACUACCAAUCGAUUUCUUGGGGCUGGGGUCUUGGUGUCAUGCUGGGAGUGUACACCGCUGGCAUCUCAGGAGCCCAUUUAAAUCCUGCAGUAACGUUCGCCAACUGCGUGUAUCGCAAGUUUCCCUGGAGAAAAUUUCCCAUCUAUAUGCUUGCCCAGACCCUCGGCGCCAUGGUAGCGUCUGCGAUCGUCUAUGCCAACUACAAGUCUGCAAUCGAUGUUUUCGAAGGAGGCGCCAAUAUCCGCACCGUGGGCGGCGAGACCUCGACCGCAGGCAUCUUUUGCACCUAUCCUGCAGCAUUCAUGACAAAGACCGGUCAAUUCUUCUCGGAGUUCAUCGCCAGUUCUAUCCUGAUGUUCUUGAUCUACGCUUUGAAGGACGAUGGGAACAUCGGCGCAGGUAAUCUCACGCCUCUUGGCCUCUUCUUUGUUAUCUUCGGCAUUGGUGCCUGUUUUGGCUGGGAAACGGGCUAUGCCAUCAACCUUGCUCGAGAUUUCGGUCCUCGUCUGGUCAGCUACAUGAUUGGAUACGGUCACGAGGUUUGGAGUGCGGGCGGCUACUAUUUCUGGGUCCCAAUGGUUGCGCCUUUCUGCGGAUGCACCUUCGGUGGUUGGCUCUAUGACAUGUUCCUCUUCACUGGCGAGAGCCCGAUCAACACUCCUUAUAUGGGCUUGAAACGUUUUGUGCAGCCUAAGCGAUCAGUCUGGUCCAACACGUAUACUGCGAACACUGAGAGCCAGGUGUGA